ACCGAGGCGGUGACGACGGAGGCGACGGCGGUGAGGAAAUGGUGGUGCCGGGCCCCGCGGCGCUGAAGAAGCCGGGCGGAGCUGCGUGCGCGGCGAUUUAAGGCCUCGCGCGGGGGAGAGGCGGUGGCGAGCAUGGAAGGCGGGCGAGCCCUGUGGGAGGAGAGCCUGCUAAGCGCGUUCUAAUCAACAUUCUUAUGUGAGCUGUGCUGUGUGUCUGGAGCGAACCUUCAAUAAUGAGUGGUGCAGCGUUGGGCCUUGAGAUCGUGUUUGUCUUUUUCCUGGCCUUAUUCCUUCUUCAUCGGUAUGGAGACUUCAAGAAACAGCAUAGGCUGGUGAUCAUUGCAACAUUACUGGCUUGGUAUCUCUGCUUUCUAAUUGUAUUUAUACUGCCUUUGGAUGUCAGUACGACAAUUUAUAAUCGAUGCAAGCUUGCUGUUAACUCCAGCCCUGCAGAAACCAAUGGCUCUUUUGUUACUCUGGCUCCAAGCAAGCAAAAAUGUUUCAAACCAUGGAGUUAUAUCCCUAAUGGAAUUAUGCCAAUUUUCUGGCGUGUUGUAUACUGGACAUCACAGUUUUUAACAUGGAUUCUGCUACCUUUCAUGCAGUCGUAUGCUAGGUCAGGAGGGUUCUCCAUUACUGGAAAGAUUAAAACUGCACUGAUUGAGAAUGCAAUCUAUUAUGGCACUUAUCUGCUGAUUUUUGGAGCAUUUUUAAUAUAUGUUGCUGUAAACCCAAAGUUCAAUUUACAAUGGAAUCAACUUCAGACUAUUGGGAUAGCCGCUGCGAACACAUGGGGUCUCUUUCUUCUUGUGUUGCUUUUGGGCUAUGGUCUGGUGGAAAUUCCCCGUUCUCACUGGAAUGGGGCUAAGAGGGGUUAUCUUCUCAUGAAGACCUAUUUCAAAGCUGCCAAACUGAUGACUGAAAAAGCAGAUGCAGAGGAGAAUUUGGAGGAUAUUAUGGAGGAAGUUCGUAAAGUAAGUGAGAGUAUCAAGUAUAAUCACCCUUUGAGAAAAUGUGUUGACACAAUACUGAAAAAGUGUCCUACUGAGUACCAGGAAAGAAUGGGUAGGAACAUGGAUGAUUAUGAGGAUUUUGAUGAAAGACAGAACAGUUAUCCAAGUGAAAAAAGUUUGGUCAAACUUCACAAGCAGGUGAUUUAUUCAGUACAAAGGCAUCGUCGUACGCAGGUCCAGUGGCAAAUUCUUUUAGAACAAGCCUUUUACCUGGAAGAUGUGGCAAAAAAUGAAACUAGUGCAACUCGACAGUUUGUUCAUACUUUCCAGUCCCAGGAGCCAGAGAAUAAAAUUAUUCAGUAUUUCUACACACCAACUAUUGAGUGGUACUGGGAGUGUCUUCUACGACCAUGGUUUUACAGGGUUCUUGCAGUUGUUUUGGCCACGUUCUCUGUAAUUGUCGUGUGGUCGGAAUGCACGUUUUUCAGCACAAGGCCGGUUUUAUCACUAUUUGCAGUUUUCAUACAGCUGGCAGAAAAGACAUACAAUUAUAUAUACAUAGAGAUGGCCUGUUUUCUUACCAUCUUUUUUCUCAGUAUCUGUGUUUAUUCCACUGUCUUCAGAAUCCGCGUAUUUAACUAUUACUACUUAGCUUCACAUCAUCAAACAGAUGCAUACAGUCUCCUUUUCAGUGGCAUGUUAUUUUGCCGUCUUACUCCACCAUUAUGCUUGAAUUUUUUGGGCUUGACCCAUAUGGAUGCAACAAUUUCUCACAGAGAUGCUCAACCAACUGCUUACACAUCAAUAAUGGGAUCAAUGAAAGUGCUGUCCUUCAUUGCAGAUGGAUUCUACAUAUAUUACCCAAUGCUUGUUGUCAUUCUCUGCAUUGCCACGUACUUUAGUUUAGGAACUCGUUGCUUGAAUCUUUUGGGUUUCCAGCAGUUCAUGGGGGACAGUGAAAUGACCUCUGAUUUGAUUGAUGAAGGAAAAGAGUUAAUCCGAAGAGAGAAAAGAAAACGGCAAAGGCAGGAAGAAGGUGAAAACAGAAGAAGGGAAUGGAAAGAACGGUAUGGAAAUAGAGAGGAUUCCACUAGAAACAGGGUUGUCCACACAGAGCAAAAAGAAUCCAGUUUCUCAGAGACCAAUACUAAUAGAACACUAUCAAAGUACACUCGAACAAAUGGUAGGACUGAAAGAGACAGAAUAGAACUUCUUCAGGAUGCAGAGCCUUUGGAUUUUAAUGCAGACUCAAUUAAUGAUGACCCUCUUGAAUCAGACUCGGGAAGGUACCAGCCUGGUGGAAGAUAUCUGUCAAUGUCUCGAAGCAGAAUAUUUGAGGAUGUCUAAUCUAAAUCUAAAGAAAAAUCAUUGGCAAUCUAUUUCCUAUUCACUGCUUGGAAAACAUUGUAUUUAUGAUUAUUGCUGAAUCAGAAAAUACCAUUUUUGUUUUAUUAAAAAAAAAUGAAGAAACAACUGUAUUUUGGAAAUGUAUCUGUAUGGUAACUCUACCAGUUAUGACAAGAAUAUUCUUCUUCUAUUUUAGAUAUUAUUGAGCAUCCAUAUGAGCUUUUUCUAAUGACCAAAAAGAGAGAAAUAAUAAUUAAAUUAGUAGAGAAUAAAUUUCAUUAAAAAGGCUCAACUUGAAUUACAAUAUUAAGCUUCAGAAUGAACAUUUUCUGGAAGGGUUUUUUUUGUAUAGAAAAAGAUGCUAUGAGAAAAUCUUGAUGCAUUCAAAGUGCAGUUAUAUCAAUUACAAUAGUGAACACUUACUAAAUUUUCUGUUUAAACAUUUAUGAUGAGUCCAAAAUUUACAGAUUUAAAUUAGUUUUCUUUUGGCUUUGAUGGUCUUUAGAUCAGACCCUAAAUAAGCAGAGGGACUGAAUGGCAGUCUGUUUUCAUAAAUCAUGCUGGCAUUAGUUUUAGAACAAAAUGUAUUUGUCAAGAAAGAUAAUAUUUUCUUUUCCAGUGUUCAAGGCUAGGCUGGAUAGGGCCCUGAGCAAGUGAGUUGCAGCUGUCUGAGCAGGGUGUUGGAUUGUCUUUAUGGUCCAACCCAAGCCAUUCUAGGAUUCUGUGUGUGUUUAGAUGAAUAUGGAUGAAGGUUUUGCUGUCAUGUGAUCAUAUGUGCAAUAGCAAGAAAUGUUAUCAAAGGCAUGAUGUUUGCUUAAGAUUUUUACAGUUCUUACUGUUGAAACAUAUUGGCACACUAAUGUUCUGGGUUCUUUUUUUUUUUUUUUUUUUUUAAAA